AUGAACUGCCGCGCAAGACUCCUCUUGCGCUACGUCGCGCGGGGAUACAGUCCUUCUUCUACCACCACCACGACCUCCUCAUUCAGGCAACACUUCCUCAAACCCUUCUCCUCAAUGGCGACUCAGGAGCCUCAAGAGGGUGCUCGCGCCUCCGUCACCUUCCCUGUCACAUCAGCGGAUCUGGCAAGCGCCAUUUCGCCGGACCCGAACGACCGGUUCCCCAAGGUCUUCGCUACCGCACGCCUUGUAGCCAUCAUGGAAAUCGCCAGCGCCCGUGUGUUGGAGCCGUCCCUCGGCACCGGCCAGCUCUCGGUCGGGGUGCGGAUAGAUGCCACGCACUCAGCACCGACGCCAGAGGGCGAAAGCGUCACCGCGGAGGCAACUUUCACCGGAAAGGAAGGGAAGUUGUCCUUCGAACGCACCGUCUCAUCCCGCUCCUCCGCCACGCCCGUCCAAUACGGCUGGGAGGAGCUCCUGGACCAGAAGAUCGACAUCCUCAAAGAAGCCAGCCUGAGCGGCAACAAGCACCUCCUCUCCCUCUCCACCAUCGAGUUGCAAGACCGCCUCGACCACGUCGCCACCUUCCGCCGCGAAGCCAUGGCCCUCAGUCCGCACACCUACGACUCAACCCACGAGAUCAUGCAAGCCCUCGAGCAGCACUGCCUAAACGCCAGCAAGGACGUCAAGAGCGACACGGACGAGGUCAGGAGCGAGAUGGAAUCGCGAGCCAGCAAAGACGCCGACCGGGACGAGUGGGAGCAGCUUCUCGACGAGAAGAUCGACAUGCUGAAAAACCGCAGCGCCGAGCGCUGGGAUGACCUGCGGUCGUUCGGCAAGCGCCGCAUCCGCGAGCUGCCCGAGCGCCUGCAGACCGCCGCCGCGCGUGCGUACAUCGGCGGCCUAAACGCUGUCAUGCAAUUCGUCCACAACUCUGUUCAGUGGCUGGGCGGCGCUGUAGACACCGUCUCCCAGUGGUACCGGCAGGCGUGGGCGAAGAUCAAGGAGUGGGAGUAUGCCACCAAGAACUGGUUCGAGGGGGCUUACAACACCAUCCGCGGCUGGUUUAGCGCCUAUAUCGACCGGUUUGGCGAGCCUUGCUCGCCGAGGCCGAACAGGACGACUACUGUUCCUCUGCAUAGCGCGAAAGGGCUGCCGGAUCUGGAGAACAUUACGGCGAGGUUGGAGAAGGUUGGGUUGGAUCGGUUUCUCCUGGUGAAGAAGGGUGAUGAGUGGGUAGUACAGCUGUCUUUGUAG